GAAAUUUGUUUUUUUUAAUUGUAUAUUGUUUUACUUCUUGCUAUUAUGGCUUAUGUUGAAAAUCAAUACAACCAUUUUUCGUUCCAAACACAAGACUCCGAUAAUUCGACGUCUGCAAACGAUGAGGAAUCGGUUGUUUCCGACCGCCAAAGCAGCAUCUCUGGUCCCUCUUUUGAUCAGCCUUUCCUGGAAAACAAUGGGUUGAUUCGGUUAUCCCGUGGGGACAGAGCGUUUGAUGUUAUCGAAAAAAGGUUUCUCUCCAAUUUGGGUCCUCUGGCGGCUCAUACCAAGGACUUGACCAUCCAGAAAAAUUGUUUCUCUGGCCUUACUUGGCAGGCAAGGCUGCAAUCUUUCCAGAUUUUCACCAAGGCAAUGGAGAAAAAAUGCGGCGGCGAUGCCAAUGUUAAGUACGCUUGGUGCGCUGCCACUAGGGACGAGAUUUCUAGGAUCGUUGAGCAUGGCUUUUGCUAUAGCGGAUUGCCCAAAAACAGCGGCUUGUAUGGUCAUGGCAUCUACCUUUCCCCCGAUUGUUCUCCCACGGAGAGUGUGAAGAAUACCAUCGUUGAUAGUAAUGGGAUGCGGUAUUUGAUGCUCUGCCGCGUAAUAUUGGGGAAGACGGAACUGGUGCAGCCUGGUUCUACGCAGUGCCAUCCGAGUUCAGAUGAGUUUGAUUCCGGCGUCGAUGACUUGUCCACACCCAAUAAAUAUAUAGUGUGGAGUACGCAUUUGAAUACUCAUAUUUUGCCGGAGUACAUUCUGAGUUUCAGAGCUCCCUCGUCUUUGAAAGGGUUGAAGAUGCCGACUUCACCAUGGAUAUCAUUUCCAGCUCUGAUAUCUGCACUUACCACGUUCUUACCUCCAACUGCCAUGAACUUGAUCUCCAAGUAUUAUAGGGAUCACAGGGAUAAGAAAAUAUCAAGGCGUGAACUCAUACAAGUAAUAAGACAAUUAGCUGGAGACAAGUUGUUGAUUGCGGUCAUCAAUUCAUCUAGGACCAAGCAAUGCAGAGCACAAGUGAGCAACCGCUGAACGGGGCACGAGGCAGCAGAUAGAUGAUGGUGAAAACCUGGA